AAUAUGUGGAUGAACAGACGAAAGCACAGGUGAUUGCUUUAGUACAUCUAACGCGGGAUUUACACGUGAACGCGAGCAUGGCGGAUAAUGUGUCAGAUCGCUGUGUAAAGUGUCCAGUUUGCGCGGGAGAUUUCGAAACGGGCAGAAUUAAUGCACACUUGGACGAGUGUUUACAGACUCCUGGUGAGCUCGAGCCAUCUGCACCGGCCUCUAAAAAAGCCCGCACUAACACAUCUGACCCGAGUCCUGUUGCUGUAUUCUCACUGUUUGAGUCCAGAUCUAAAGUGAGCGAUCAGAAACACACGGCUGAAUCAGCAGAAGCCUCCAUCAGUCCGGACUGUCCAUCUGCGACAUCUUCAUCAAGACCACUCAUGCCGAAUACCGAGAAGCCCUUGGCAGAAGUGAUGAGACCCAGCACACUGGAGGAGUAUUUCGGGCAGAAUAAGCUGAUCGGAGAACAGACUCUGCUGAGAUCUCUGCUGCAAUCACAGGACAUCCCAUCUCUGAUCCUCUGGGGGCCUCCCGGCUGUGGCAAGACCACUCUGGCUCACAUUAUUGCGAGUUCUGUUAAGAAGAAAGGCACAGGCCGCUUUGUGACGCUCUCUGCCACCAGCACAUCAACCAGCGAAGUGCGCGAGGUGAUCAAACAGGCCCAAAAUGAGCUCCGUCUGUGCAAGAGAAAGACUAUUUUGUUCAUCGAUGAGAUACAUCGCUUUAACAAAUCCCAGCAGGACACUUUCUUGCCUCACGUGGAGUGUGGGACGAUCACUCUUAUCGGGGCCACCACGGAGAACCCGUCGUUCCAGGUGAACAGUGCGUUACUGAGCCGCUGCAGGGUUCUGGUUCUGGAGAGGCUGUCGGUGGAAGCAAUGAGUUUGAUUCUGCGUCGGGCUGUAGACUAUCUCGGACUGCAGGUGUUAAAGGAUGCAGAUGCAGUGGAACAGAACGCUACAGAGCUCCGCUCAGAGUAA